AGGAACGGGAAGAGCUUACGCAUCGACGCUGGUUCGGAGAUCCCGGAAGCGUGCUCGCUUUGUUUACAUUCUGCUCUUUGUUCGGGGGCAAUUCCUACAAAAAUGUCCAAAAAAAGAAGCACGAGCGCGGAGAACCGGAGGCUGCGCGCGCUGGUUGACCAGCAGCUGGCGGCGGCGGCGGAGGAGAUUUUCAGGCUGCUGAAGGAGCGCGGGGAUGCGGCCACGGAGGAGCUGAAGGAGCGGCUCACCGAACUCAUCGCCGCCGCUGUGGAACACAUCUUCACAGGGUUCAGAGCGAGCAGAGCGGCCGAGGGAGGAGCGAAGGAGCCCGAGUUGUGUCUGUCCGUCGGUCUCAGGAGUCUGAAGCAGAACUUCUCUGUGGUCGACAGACUGAAGGAACCUUCGCCUGGCUCCUCCUCCAAACACCAGGAUGUUUCUGAACCAGACCACGGAGAGGCCCCUCCAGAUGAUCAGUCAAGUGAGGAGGAAGACGAGGAGGAUGAAGAGCUAACACCCCACUGCUGCAGAGUGUGCGGGAAAUCUUUCGACAGGAAAGGUUUCUUAAUGAAGCACGUCGAAAAACAUUUGAAGGAGGCGGAGUUUCAGUGUGGUCUGUGCGGCGAGUUUUUGGAGUCCAGUGACGGACUGAGGCUGCACCUUCAGACGCACCGCGACAGCAGCCGCACCUGCAACAUCUGCGGGAAGAAGUUUCCCUCAAUCCGAGCGCAGGAGACGCACCUGAGGCUGCACACCGGCGAGAAACCCUUCCGCUGCUACGUCUGCGGUAAAGGCUUCAAUCAGAAAGGUAACAUGGUGACGCACAUGAGGACCCACACAGCGGAGAAACCCUUCAGCUGCUCCGUCUGUCAGAAAGAGUUCAGCCACACUGGCUCCCUGGAGCGACAUAUGAAGGCCCACGACGGACAGACACCAUUCAUCUGCAAAGUCUGUGGCUCAGGCUUCAGCAAGAGCACCGAGCUCAGGAGGCACGCCCGCAGCCAUGAGCCCGACAACUCUGUAGCUGUCAGGAGCAGAUGUAGGAAGGCGAGCCUGGCGCCUUCUCAUCACUGCAGCGUCUGUGGAAGCGCCUUUCACAACAGAGGGAACUUUGUGCGGCAUGCGGAAACUCAUCUAAAUGAUCCAGAGUGUCGUUGUGGCGUCUGUGGGGAGCAGUCAGAGUCCUCAGAGAGUCUGCAGCUUCACAUCCAGAGCCACAGAGAGAGCAGCCGGGUCUGUGACAUUUGUGGAAUCAGCUUCAGGGACAUGGAGAUCCACAGGAGGACGCACACCGGACAGAAACCAUUCAGCUGCAAAGACUGUGGGAAAGACUUCCCCAGGAAAGGCUCUCUGGAGAGACACAUGAAGCUACACGCCGGUGACCGGCCGUACAUCUGUGAGUUCUGCGGGAAGACCUUUGUGGAAAACACGGUCCUGAAGAGACACAUAAAGAGCCACACGGGGGGGAAACCCCGGAUUUACUCCUGUGACAUCUGUGGGAAGAAGUUCACCAUGAGCCAGCAUCUGGAUGUGCACAAGAGGAUCCACACCGGGGAGAAACCAUACUCCUGCAGAGUCUGUGGGAAAAACUUCCGACAGAUCGGUAACCUGGACUCACACAUGAGGAUCCACACGGGUGAGAAGCCGUUCAUCUGCAGCCUCUGUGGGAAGAGGUUCCGCCAGAAGAUCUCGCUGGAGACACACGAGCGCUUCCACAAGAAGGAGAAAGCGUUCAGCUGCCAGCUCUGCAGCAAAGCCUUCGUCCAGAAGAUCGAUCUAAAGAGACACAUGCUUACUCACACAGGGGAGAAACCGUACAGCUGCCCCAUCUGUGGGAAGAGCUACCAGGAGAAACGCUCUGUGGGCUCUCACAUGAAGGUUCAUGCUGGAGAACGAGCCACCAAAGACCCAGCUGGGAGUCCAAACCUGAAGGGACAAGAGGGGGUCCAGGCCCAGUUCAUCCAACUCUACCACGUUUCUGACUGUGACGGUUUCAUGUUCAUCAGACGAACCGUCGUCGACGCGGAACUCGGUGUGUUUACGUCUCGUCCAGUCCGGUGUCCGUCCCCGCCGCUGGCUGUCUUUGUUGGCAGAAAAAGGAGCAGGAUGUGCAGGCUGCAGCUGCUGCGGGUGUCGAUCCGGGAGCGGAUGAGCGCCGCCGCUGAAGCCUUCAUGCUGCAGCUGGAAGAAGAAGAAGAAGCGGCUGAGAUACCGGCGCUGAGAACGCUGCUCACCGAGCGGCUAACGGUGGCCGCGGAGGAGAUCGUCGAUCUGUUUAAGGAAACCGUGGCGGAGUACGAAGAGCGCGUGGAGCGGUCAGAGCGGGAGAUCUGCCGGCAGAGGAGGCUGCUCGAUGCCGUGCUGAAGCCCGAAGUCAGGCUGCCCAGAGCAGAACUUCCUGCAGACAUCCAGCAGCUGUUGGUGAGUAAAGAAGAGCAGCAGGAGUGGAGCCCCAGUCUGGACCAGGAGGACCCUAAGCCCCCACACAUUAAAGAAGAACAGGAGGAACUGUGGAGCAGUCAGGAGGAAGAACAGCUUCAAGGACUGGAGGAGGCUGAUACCGUCAAGUUCCCCUUCACUCCUGUCUCUGUGAAGAGUGAACAUGAUGAAGAGGAAGUUCAGUCCUCACAGCUUCAUCAGAGACAAACUGAGCAGAUGGAGACAGGAGUUGAUGGCGAGGACUGUGGAGGAGCAGAACCAGAGAGGGACUCAGAUCCAGAGACACAUUUACGACCUGUGAGUGAAGACAACUCUGUGGAUUCCACUGAGACUGACGACAGCGAUUUAAACUGGACUCAAACGAGCGGUCAGUCGGGCUCUGACGGUCAGAAACACAGUGAAACUCCUGAGAGCGAUGUUGGAUCUCCAGGGAAGGAGCGACCCUUCCCGUGCUCUUAUUGUGGAAAAAGAUUCAGUCUGAAGGGGAACCUGAACAGGCACAUCAGAGACCACACAGGAGAGAGACCGUUCCCCUGCACUGGCUGUGAGAAAUCUUUUAAAGACAGUGGGUCUCUAACGGCUCACAUGAGGUGUCACACUGGAGAGCAGCCGUACAGCUGCUUGUUCUGUGGGAAGAACUUCAGCGGGCGGGGAAAUAUGACCCGACACAUGAGGAUCCACACCGGAGAGAAGCCCUUCACUUGCUCACUCUGCAGUAAAAGUUUUCAUGUCAAAGAACACCUGAACAGACACAUGAAGUACCACACUGGGGAGAAGCCGUUCAGCUGCUCCAUCUGUGGGAAAGGUUGUGCUCAGAAAACAGACCUGAAGAAACACAUGAGGGUUCACACGGGGGAGAAACCAUUCAGUUGUCCGUUCUGUGGGAAGUGCUGUGCAGAAAAAGGAGACCUAACCAAACAUAUGAGGGUUCAUACCGGAGAGAAACCAUUCAGCUGCAACAUAUGCGGGAAAAGUUGUGCUCAAAAGGGGAGCCUGAAGAUUCACAUGAGAGUUCACACGGGAGAGAAACCAUUCAGCUGCUUGGUCUGUGGGAAACGUUUCACUGUGACUGGACAUCUGAAGAGGCACAUGAAGCUUCACACGGUGGCAGACAGUCAGGAGGCAGAGCCAACAGAUACCGGUUCAGACAAAGGAUAACAGGAAGGAACAGGAACUGUUGAACUGAUUCAGACGUAGUGAUGGUUAGGUUAUCAGGAGGGAGGAUUAACCCUUCAAUCAGAGAGCUUAUGUUCAAAAUGCUUCUCAGAAUGUCACCUGUCAAUCAUAAUGUCAGUGAUGUAAAUGAUCAGUAAUACAUUAAUCAGUCCCUCCAGGAAAUUGCGAUGUCGCGACCGCAAAAAUUAACGCAAAUUCAACCAAUCCCCGUGAAUUCUGGGCGACCUUGCAGUUUUGUCCAAUCACCGCAACCUUUCUGCAAAUUUGACCAAUCAUAGCAGUCCCCCGGUGAAAACGGCGAACCAUAUGUCACCAAAGUUUGGUGACCAUUGACCAAACUCACUUCCUUGUUUACAUGCAGAUGCAGACAUGUCCGACACAAACGUCGCACAUUUACCUACAAAAAUAAUUCGCUUCAUGCCGCAAUUUAAUUGCAAAAGAACGUCUAAAAACAUCGCAACUUGCAUUGCAAUUUUUUUGAAAAGCUGCCGCAAAAUCAGGCAUUUUAGGCCGCAACAAUCCCCCUGAAAAGUCUGCAAAAUCCUGGAGGGACUGAUUAAUUCAUAAUGUUGAAUGUGAGAUGGGAGGAGGAACAUCCUGAGAACAUGCAGGGUUCUCAUCUAUAAACAAUGAUGUCCGCUAGAUCGUCCCCGCCCUCUAAAACGACCAUCAGGAGCGUCUCCUGAGUCAGUGCUGCUACAUGUAAACACUGUGAGACAUGACACUGUGCGUCAUGCAUCAGGUAGAUUAAGAGCUACUUCCUUAUCGGUUGAUCAGCACCUGAGGUCAGGUAUGGUACUCAGAGGGAGUCGGCGUUAAAUUAGAUUUAACAUGAGGCUCAAACUCUCCUGAGUGAAAGUCUUUAACUCAUCCAAUCAGACCUCAUCUCUCCCCUGACAUCACCUGAGCCCCGCCCUGUCUCCUGUUCUAACAACUUCAGCCUGACGUGUCCUGAUCGGCUGUAUUUAAAGAGAAACAGUGAUAACGGUGACGUAACAGUUAAAUGUCCAUUCUUUGUCCUGCAGUUCCAGGAUGUUCCAUUACCUGACCCACAAUCCUUUGCAGCAAAGGAAACUCUGAAUUUAACCAUUUAAAUCAUGAGAGAAAUAUUUCAUGUGGUGUUAGUGUCUACGAUCAUGUUACACCACUACGCUCUGACAUCAUGGCCCUGUCAGGUGAGCUCGGUGAAUCACCAUGGCAACAGUGUGUCCACUUGUUGUGCUUCACUCGGAGACGGAUAUGAUGAAGCAGAAGUGUUUCCUGUUUUCAUGAUACCAGAAUGUUCUUAUUGACAAUAGUCAAGUUACUGAUUAAUUGAUUUCACUUUUUAACAGAAGAUCAAAUAAAUGUGAUCAGAAGA